UGAAAACGAAGUGAAAUGUAACGCACACCGUACGAAGAAAAAUCGAGUCACCGUGUCGUACUAAUUUUCUAAGGUGGUCACCCUUUCCUGCACACGGUUUAGGAACGGGUUUACCGCGGGUUCUGUGCUGUGUGUGUUCCCAGCUACGGCAAAUCAACGGGCCGCAACCUUAACCUGACUACUCAUUCGCUGGCCGACCGUGCCUCCUUGGGUUCGAUUCUAAAUGGAGUAUUCACCGUCUUUGUGGAGCGCGAGGUCGUUUAAUGUUUGGAAUUUGAAUUAGCCGGAACACCCAACACCCGCUCCAAUCCAGCAUCGCAAACGGCGACCGUUCAGUGCAAUGUGAAUGUGUGCUUGUGAAGGAUACGGUCCUUGAAUCCUUAAUGGCGCAACGUUGAUGGUAAAGUGUGUGUGUUGUGUUUGCGUGAACGUGUGUCGUAUUUUAUUCCCAGGCGCACGUUUAUUUUGCGUUUAAAUUUUAUUUACUAUUUAUUUAUCGUACAACGGCGAUCUGAUCCGAUCCGUGUGUCUGUGUCGUGUUGUGCCAUUCCAUCCUUUAUUGUUCAAUAUAAAUGGCCAAAAGUGUGACAAGUUUAAUCGGUUCAUGUUUUUAAGUGUAUUUACAUGUGCAUCAUCUUGUACAUAUGCGAAUGAUCGUGUGGGUGCGUUUUAAGUGUUCACAUUCGUUUUGCAUUUAGAUGGGAAAAAAUAAUCCCCCCGGGUGAAUAUAUUUCGGUCACUCAAAAGAGCAGUAAAGCCUGUGUAUUGUAUGUCUGUGUGUCGCAUAGAAAUUAUUCAAAAAAAGUAUUAAAUGUGUUCAAAAUUGAAUCAAAAAUCAUAAAGUGAAAAUAAUAAUUUAACCGACCAAAACUAGUUUAAAAAGAAAUUGUUCAGUGCAGUGAAACGGAAGAACAGCACGUGGAUUAGGAGAAAGGUUUUUUUAAGUAACGAAAGAAGCGCCAUAAAUCUUCACACUCUUUUUCCACUGAGCCAGAAGAGGGCAACAUUUAAGGAUCCUCUAAACCAUCGAACAACGGUGCACUAUGUCAAGCGAAGAGGAUAAACCUCCAGCACCGCCCGUCCGGCUGACAAGCAAUCGGGGCGGUGGCGGUGGUGGCGUUGGCGGUGGCGGUGGAGGCGGAUCAGGAGUGGUCGAUCGGAUCGAUGGUGUUGCUCCGGUUGAUAUGAAACCGUUGCCUAAAGAACCGGAAGAUGCCGAUCGGAAAAAGAAAACGCUCAAGAACAAAAUUAAGGUUUCGAAGGCGUCCCAUAACGAUUCCAAGCCGAAUAUAUCCUAUCCGACCAACUUCGAACACACGGUCCAUGUAGGGUUCGAUGCUGUAACUGGAGAAUUUACGGGUAUGCCAGAGCAAUGGGCGCUGAUGCUGAAGAACUCGAACAUUAGCAAGCAGGAGCAGAAGAAAAAUCCUCAAGCCGUGCUGGACGUGCUGAACUUCUUCGACAACAGCAACAAACAGCGGCCAAGCUCGAAAUAUAUGACCCAUGGACUGCACACUACAACACACUCGGCAUCGUCCAUAGGGUCGUCGCUGAGCCGGGUAAGCAGCAGCAGUCCCAGCAGCACACCAACCGACUCGGAAUCGCACGGUGGCCCCGGGGCGCAAAUCAUCUCGAGCAGCCAUUCGCAGGCGUACAGCCUUGGUCUGUCGUCUCACAAUUCGGCCGGAGAUCAUGACAGCGACGAACUGGGCAUACUCAGCGGCAGCGCCAGCGGAAGCAUCAGCGGUAAUGGGAUACCACCGCCCAUCGCUAGCCGCCCCGAACGGACCAAAUCGAUCUAUACACGCCCGAUAGAUGAUCCGAUCUCACCGCCAAUACCUCCGCAUUUGAGCGCCGGUGCGACCCACCAAUCGCUGGCGAGUCCCGGCUCCGUUCGCAGUCCAACACAGUUUGACAAGAACAAGAACUCGGUCAACGCAGCGUCCGCACAAACGAUCGGCAGCCUAGCGGGUACCAUCCCGAGCCAACAGCUGCCUCAGCAUUUGCACCACCAUCAUCAACACCAAGCUGGCAACAAUGGUCUCAGCAACGACGGCACCUCGGUGGCGGCAGCAGCAGCAGCAGCAGCGGCCGUACCCGCACCGAACAACGUUAACAACGGUACCAACCUCAACAACAGCACGACCACCACCACGACGCCGGGCGCAACGACGCAGCAGCGGGCAGCUAACUUGAAGAAGAAGAAAAUGUCCGACGAAGAGAUCCUGGAGAAGUUGCGCACGAUCGUGAGCGUGGGCGAUCCGAAGCGAAAGUACAACAAGAUGGAAAAGAUCGGUCAGGGUGCUUCCGGUACGGUUUACACGGCGAUCGAAAGUUCCACCGGUAUGGAGGUUGCGAUCAAGCAGAUGAACCUCAGCCAGCAGCCGAAGAAGGAACUGAUCAUCAACGAGAUACUGGUGAUGCGGGAGAACAAACAUCCGAACGUGGUGAACUACCUGGACAGCUACCUCGUGUCGGAGGAGCUAUGGGUGGUGAUGGAGUAUCUGCCCGGUGGUUCGCUGACGGAUGUCGUGACGGAAACGUGCAUGGACGAGGGCCAGAUAGCGGCGGUCUGUCGCGAGGUGCUGCAGGCGCUCGAAUUUCUCCACAGCAAUCAGGUCAUCCAUCGGGACAUCAAGAGCGACAACAUACUGCUCGGUUUGGACGGCAGCGUCAAGCUGACCGAUUUCGGGUUUUGCGCCCAGAUCUCGCCGGAACAAUCGAAACGUACGACCAUGGUCGGGACUCCGUACUGGAUGGCACCGGAGGUCGUUACCCGAAAGCAAUAUGGACCGAAGGUUGAUCUCUGGUCGCUGGGCAUAAUGGCGAUUGAAAUGAUUGAGGGUGAACCACCGUACCUUAACGAGAAUCCCCUGAGGGCGCUCUACCUGAUCGCUACGCACGGCAAGCCGGAGAUUAAGGAGAAGGAGAAGCUUAGCACCGUCUUUCAGGAUUUCCUUGAUCAGUGUCUCGAGGUGGACGUUGAUCAGCGUGCGACGGCUUACGAACUGUUAAGGCAUCCGUUCCUGAAGCUGGCCCGACCGCUCGCUAGUCUAACGCCGCUCAUCAUGGCCGCAAAGGAAGCAACGAAGGGCCACUGAAAGCGGGAGGACGUCGUUCUACCAUCGGCCACCGUUGGGACCGACGUAACUGAUGGACCUUCCUGCAGCCGUGCUGCUGAUGCUGGUGUGGUCGUUAGCCCCAAUGUAUCGACCCUUGCUUCCAGCAGCGAGCUAAACGGUAGCAGCACCACCGACCACCGCACCGGCAAAAGCAGCGAGUCAAAACGUGAUAAUCCCAGUAUGGCCAACGUACUGUUGCCGUCCAUCGAUAACAGCAGCUGCUAGUUUUGUCUAGUGCUGUCCGUAACCGCACACACCAGCACGCAUCGCCCGGAUCCUCUUAUGCAGCGCAUAAGGCGGCGAGAACAACGGAUGCGACAAAGUGUUAAAUAACGUGGCAUCUCUCCAGUUUACGGCAUCGCGGGGUGAUUGUACGUGUGUAGCGUCGCCGAUAUAAGCCACUUAUACGCGCUAAGGACUGAAGUGAAUAGGAAAGUAACGGAGCUCAGCUUAUGUAAAUAGUUAAAAGGAAUGGUUUCGAUGUUGCAAAGAGAACAUUGAUUGAUGCUUCACAAAAAAGGAGAAAGAAAAAGAAAGAAAAAAACAAAACUAUUCAGUAAACAAAAAAUGCAAGUGAAAACGCAAAAGGGUAAACAAAGUAAACCUGCGUAGUCAAAACC